UCAAUGAAAGGACUCUUCUUCAUUAUGCUUGCAUUACUUGAAUUGACCGCGCAUUUGAUUAUGAGAACUUUAUUCAUAAAACACCCUCGUUUUCGCCACAGAUAAUUUAUUAAGCAUUUCCGUUUCAUAAAGUUGUGUUGUGCCUACUUAAACAUACGACUGCAUCCCUUUGUCUUCGAGACCUAGAACUUUAAAUGCAGGAAUGUAACUUUAUAAAGCCUUCUACUUACGAAUUGAAGUUGUUUAUGUUAAGUCAUGCAAUUAAAUGCGAAUUCUCGACACGUGUUUAAGUACCCACAUUCCUUUAGAUCACAGUGCGAUUGGGGACAUCGCACGUCGUUUGUUUUACUAGUAGCCCGCCUACCAUCCGUCCGUAUCUCAGGCAGUGGUCUAGGCAGGGCGGGCUAGAAGAUUGCCUUCAAUUCGUAUUUUCCGGCUUUCAAAAGUAGGUUGCUCCACUCGGCCCGCACUGGACGUAAUGGAGAGCCGUUAGUUCAUUGGCGUUAUUGAAUAAUUCCCGCAAGGCACAGUCGCCGCGCGGUGCCCACUGUGCGACGCCGCCCUGCAGCCAUGCUUCUUGAUAAUCCUUCUUACUUCGCGUUGCCGGACAAAAAUGUCACGGACGGCGAAGCGUCGCCUGCGUCCAGUUCGGAGCCCUACUCGAGGUCAGCUCCGAGCCGCGUUUGGCCGGAUUCCAUACGUCCUUUGGGAUCUCCACGGAGGAGAGAACCCGAGAGCCCGAGGAGAAAGGAGUUCCGAGCUCUACUGAGGUCCCUAUCGGCUAGGGAGCCGGAACAAGCCGAAGCAUUCUUGAAGGGACAACCGAGGCCUGGGGACUGUGCUCCUAGAGAUAUGAGACACACUUUUACUGCUCCGCGAAUCAAGAAGGGCAAAAUUAGCGCAACGGUGGUCACAUCAGACGGCCCUCAAGAACGUGAGGAGGUGUUCUAUACGAUACCUCUUCAAGGUCGAAGGAGGCACUCGGUCGGAGGGUACCUCGCAACAGGCGGCGCAGGUGCUGGUGAGGUCACCACGGUGCCCAGCGAGGUGCCAAAGAUGCCAGCUCCGAGGUUCACACAACAACGCGAAGAUGAAGUCAAGAGAAGACGACCAAAGAACUUUUCUUUUAAAGAAAUGGAAGAUAUAUCAAUACUGUGGAGUUCUGCCUCCCCAGAGAGCGCGCUAUGGUCAGAGUACUUAGUGGCGAGCUUUGACAAAAUUAUGUCGCAGCGAGCGAGACAUCAUUAUAGGGUAACACCAAUCACAGCAGAGGAACUGAUGACCUGCGAUUCACAAGAGAAGCUGGAAAAGCUAGCAAAGGCACAACUACAGAUUGUAAUCCUGUGCCCCAACUUGGCGCUGAAACUAACGGACUUGAAGAAGGAAACCAGCUCGGAUGGGCCGUUCAAGGCAGACAAAGUGCUGGUGAUGCUGUUGGGAGUCGAGAAGAAUCAUAUCGUCGCUAACCACUGCGAAGAUUACCCCACCAUCGACCAGUGGCAGAUGAUGAGCGUCCGAGAGAAGGAUACGUCAUUCGUGGACACUUUCUUGACCGCUGCAGUGGGCAUUCUCCGGACAAAGGACUGCAAGGACACCGCCACGGAUAGAACGAGCUUCUCUAUAGUGCCCAAGAAAGUUAAAAUUGGCCAGAGUCGGGUGAUAGCGCUCCUAAAUGACCCCAUUAGAGAGGAAGACAGCAUUAAGAUAAUGGUGGACAAAAAAGGCGAGGUCAUUCAAAUACCGACAUUCAAGAAGAGGAAUCCAUAUACUUUGCAAUUUGAUAUUCCCGACUCCUGCUUGGAAGUGUCGAUGCUGGUGUGGGUGCGUGUAAGCAAGAAUGGUCAGUCGCUUGGCAGGAGGCAGAUCAAGUGCGAGAGCCGGCUCCGCGAGCUGGACCAACUGCUUCGAGCGUCUGAUCACCCUUUGGAGUUUAUGUGUCAGACCCUCGGCUUCAAGACCACCAGUAAGGAACAGCUCGACAGUUGGAUGUUGAACGCUUUCCAGAAGAACAUACCACCGCACUUCAACCUACUGUCCUCCAACGAGCAGUUCAACCCGAAAGCUGAUGUUUCAAGUGGAGAAGAAUACCCUACAUUGCUACACUGGGCCGCCCGCUUCGGGCUGGAACGCGUCUGCUGGCAGUUACUGGAGUGCCCGGGAGGGGGCGGCGCCGUCGCUCUGAGGAACGUGCGCCACCGCACCCCCGCCGACCUGGCCAGAGACCACAAGCACUACCGCCUUGCUGAUGUUCUGUCCGACCAUCUUAAAAUAAACGAAUUCUCCAACAUGUAUUAUUACUUGAAAAAUAUGUCCGACAACGACAAAGAAAAUCAGGACGAAGGGAAACAGAACGAGGAAUUGCGCAUAGUCGAGUCUUCUGACACUGUGGAUUCCCCAUGUCAAGAAGCAGCGCAAAAUGGCACGGAACCAAACAGUGACCCUUUCAGUGAGGCCUGCACGCAAAACUUAGAACAAACAUCGGAACCGGCGAAAGAAGAGAAAAAACGACCGAGCCUCAAGUUACCCAAAGUAAAGGAACAGUUUUACCAAAACGAGAUGCCUUUCCACGACAACACCAUGGACAGAAUACAGCAAGCUAUUGAACACGACUAUCUAGUCCAACCUUCCAAUAUCAAAGUAGAGAGUCCCAAAUUCAGACCGAAUAAUCUAUACGCCAAUAGCUCUCGAUUGAUGCCUCAGCAGUCCGAUAUUUUCCUGUAUUCACCCACCGAAGAAUCCAAGACUUUUAAUAUUGAUACUCCCACUAGUGAUAUAAGCCAAAUCAAUUUGAAUGCCAAAGACAUCCGCAACAGUGGCAGCGUCAAAUCGGGGAAAGAGAGCUGCCCUCUGACUGGGCAGGAGGAGCUAGCAGAAAUAAUCAACGAUUUCAAAAAUAACGUGUUCAGUAUAUCUGAAGUAGAAAAGUUGGUGAUGGAGUGGCGGAACCGAAAUGAGACUCAACAGUCACUAAAGGAGAAACAGGAGCAGCUUAACAAAAUGAGAGAAGAAUACGACAAAAUACAACAGAAGAUCAAAGAUAACUUGAAGAGGCCUACUCCAUUUGAGAGGGUUAAGAAAAUGUUCUCGAAGAGCAAAAAUAAAAACCAUGAUAGCAACGGAGGAAUAGAAAAACGCAAUGGAAACACGAGGCCAAAUAGCAGCAUGAGUGACAGUUCGUCAUCCUCCGGACGGCUGAGUACAGUCAGCGGCGGCAGCGUGGCCGAGACGAACAGCGUUCAGUCCGAGAUGGAAGAUAAAGCGAGGUCUAUUAUAUCAUCUAGCACAUUGACCAUGCACUCCGCGUGUGAGGGAGACAGCAGAAUGGACGACUAUCUCAUCCCGCCGCCGCCACGCCCUCUCAACGGCUGCCCACAGUUCACCACCUUUGGACACCCUAGCAAGCAUGACACGAGGGGCCAACACAUGGCGACGAUAGUGGAACGCGAAGCGUCCGCGUCCCGCGAGCGACUGGACGGCGAGGGUGACGCGCGCGCGACUCACCUGCGCAUGACAUUCUCGCGCGACCGCCCCGCGACUAGUCGCUGCGACGACCGCGCCGCGACUAGUCGCGAGCCGCAGCACAUGUACAUGAAUAUAUCAGCCACACACACGUAGCUCCCGUGUGCGAGCCGUGACGAUUGCCCCAUAACUAGUCGCAAGCCGCAGCAUGUGCAUGAAGAAAUCGACUACACUUACGUAGCUGCAACUAGUUGCUGCACCAUUGAGAUAGUUAAAUUAUCAUCACUAUUAUAAUACAUCAGACUAAAUACGACCACAUUACUAGUCCAGACUAGUCAAAACACCACGAACAACGGUGUUGCUAACUAGUUGCUAGGCUCCCUAGUGUGAACUUCACUUGUUCUUGUUUCAAGUAAAGGCGGUCAUCAAACAUCACAAAAUUCGCAUGAUUGGAAUACACAGAGUAAGGCAAAACAAAAGCUUGACAUUAAAUUGUCAGUACACCACAUGAAGACUUAAUGUCUUUGAAGCAUUCGAAUAUGAAUUCGCAUGCGAAUUUACAUUAAUAGGAAUUUUGAGCAUAAAAGUAAAAUUAUCUAUUGAUUGCUAGUAUAAUUUUUUAUGCGAAUAUACAUUUUUAAUGCUUCAAAAACACAAGCAAGCGAACAAAAUUAAAAAGCAAGUAAAUGAUAAUGCUAAUGAUAUUAUCAUAAGACAUUGAGUUAUGCCGUUUCGCCAGAAUCACUGUUACGAAUAAAGAGCUUUUGUUCAUGGAUAACAACGAAGACUGAAAUCAUUUGUUGUAAAUAUUUUGUAAAUAGUAAGCAAUUCAUUUUAAUUUUUUAUUUAUUAUUAUUAAUCGUAAUUGCAUACCAUUAUACGUAUUUAAUUUACAAUAGUACAAAAUAUACCCUUAGUUUAAAUUUAUACAUUUAAGUUUAGCCACAGAGCUAAGGUUAAGAAAAUGUCAAGACCAUGUUCUUUUCAAAUAUUUUUUAUUAACGUGUCCCAAAAAUGCAUUUAUAUGUACGUACAUAAUACGAAAUAAAUGAUAAAUACAAAAAUCUUACGAGUUCAAUCAUUUGGCAUCUACCUUUCGUUCUAUUGUUGUUUUACUUUUAAAUGAUCCACCAAGUGGAAUAAAGUGCUACUUAUUAAUUUCUCUUAAGUACUUACUUGAAUGUACAUUGUAUAAUUAAAGGCAACAUUUGCCUCACUAAAACUAAAUAAAAUUCAUGGCGAUUACAUUCCAAAUAACAAUGAAAUUUAGUCAUAAAUAAAAAAAAAUAAGUUAAAUAGUAACUAAUACAAUACUCUCGUUGCAAUUUCAUUGGUAUAACAAUUGGUACCUAAGUAAAAAAUAAAAGAAUAAACAGUAUAAAAUCACAAAAAAAUUUGCUCUUUCAAUAUACAAAAAAUAUCACAAUACAUAUUGUUUUAAGUAGCCAUACGAUAAUUGUAUUAUAAGCCUAUCGUGGCGUCACUAAUUGCCGUUGACCAUUCGAUAGUCGACAAAUCAGCGGUAUAAAAUUCAUGCAAGUCAAAAAAAUAAUACUUAUUUCGAAUCUUACAUAAUUUUAUCACUUUGAAACGAUUAAUUUCGACGGUUUCAUAAGUCGACUUAAAAUCUAUGUCUUAGAGGAUAGGCACUGUGACAGUUGAGUUUUGAGUUUCUGAAUUACAAGCAAAAUAACAAGA